GCGUGAUGGUGUCAGUUAAUCUAUUACAGCUCUAUACAAGGGUCAGUGAAGUAUCUAAACCGGCUGCUGUGCUUACAUACAAGUUUAUUAUUAAACAUAUAGUUAUAUUUGGUUGGACAUUGCUGCAAUCGGAGUACUGAUCAGUAUUGAAGUGAUAUCUGGAGAGACAACAUGUUACUUGUUCAAGCAAUAUUGUUAUUCGGGGUUAAUCUCGCCGUGGCCAGUGUAGCUCCGUCUAUGGACCUGAAUGAUGGGAACAAGAUUCCUUUAGUGGCUUUAGGAACGGGGAGAGGAACUUCAGGUUCGAUACCCAUAGACGAGGUUCGAGAUGCAGUGCUCUGGGCAAUUGAAGCAGACUACCGCCACAUCGAUACUGCCGUGUUGUACCAGGACGAGACGCAAGUCGGACAGGGCGUGGCGGACGCGAUUGCCAAAGGUCUCGUUACCAGAGAACAAAUGUAUAUAACCACCAAACUACCCUGUGAGAGACAUGCUCGUGAACAAGUGGUGCCCACUCUUAGAGAAUCGUUGACCAGACUCGGCAUGGACUAUGUCGACUUGUUUCUUAUACACUUCCCUGUGGCUACGAAGGAUGACGGAUCUCCCGAUGAUAUCGACUAUUUAGAAACCUGGAGAGGUAUGGAAGAUGCGAAGGAAUUAGGCCUUGUCAAAUCUAUUGGAGUUUCAAACUUCAAUGUCUCGCAGAUAGAUAGACUUUUAGCCAAAGGCAAGGUUAAACCGGCUGUGAAUCAGAUCGAGGUACACCCAGCGUACACAAAUGAAGAGUUAGUGGCUCACUGUCAAAAUAAAGGCAUUGCUGUAAUGGCGUACAGUCCUUUCGGUUUCUUGGUGCCCAGAAACCGUACUUAUGUGACACCACCUCUGAUCGAUGAUCCCACGUUGGUGAAGUUAGCUGAGAAGUACGGCAAGACCACUGGGCAAGUCGUGUUGAGAUAUUUGAUUGACAGAGACAUGAUCAUAGUUCCCAAAUCUGCCAAUAAGGAACGAUUAGCACAGAACAUCGAUUUGUUCGAUUUUAAAUUAACUGCAGACGAAGUUGCCACCAUUAAUAAGUUCAAUCAAAAUAGCAGUGUGUUUGAUUUUUCAGGUUGGAAAAAUUACCCUUACUAUCCUUUUUAAUAAGUUUCUAUUUUCGUAUAUAUAAAUUAAACAAAUUAAAAAUUAUUAAAACUGGCAAUUUUAGAAUCCACAGAUACAGGUUUUAUAAGAUGUCGUAACUGUAUAUUAUAAUUGGAUGUAAAUUUUUGGCGCCAAAUUUCACUGCACAGAGCUUGGUUGACUUUAAUACUUUUGUGUUGUAAUUUUGAAUCGUAAUUAACUAAUUUUAGAGUUCCUAAAUAAAAUACAUAACAAAAAUUAUUUAGUGAUAUUCAAAGUUAGGUAUUAAAUUUGCUUUGAUGUUAAAUAAGUUAUAAAUGCAUGCUUAUUUUAAAUACCAUACAAAUUGAGUAUCAAAUUGAUCUAUCUGACUUCAUCUAUAUCUGUAUUAGAAUCAUACAAAUAUUUAUUAAUAUGGUUAUAAUUGACAACUAUAAUGCGUUUGAAUGUAUCUUGACUAAUUCGUAUUUUUGUAUCGAACUUUAGAAAUGUACUGUAGGAUUUUUAAACAGUGAUUUAAAUAAAUAAGUUUAAACAUUCUACAGUAAUAAUAACUGCCAAUUAAGUAAUGUGUUUAUUUUUACCUAUCAUUUAUUGUAUAAUUAAGUGAAUUUAAUUUUUGUACUGAUUAUUUUAUAUCUUGUAAAUGGACUAUAGACAGAGUGUUGUUUGAUACGAAAAUUUAUUUUUAACCAAAAAGAAUAUCGCCAUUUUUAAAUUUUGUAAGUAGUAACUAUAAUAUUUUGACACAGAUUAUAUAAUAUACUAAUAUUUUUACUGACACACACACAUUGACAAAUCUCGUAAGUUUAUGCGUGGUUUCGGAUACGAGUACUAAUUCAAUUACACAGGAAUAAAACUUUUGAGGACGUGUUUCUAGAUAGGUAUCGGGUAGAGGUAUGGAGAACCUUCUUUGUGUUUUAAAAAAUGUAAAUUACGGUGGCGUUAAAGUAGAAAUAGGAUAAAUUAUAAAGAAAGCACUAAAAAUACAAACAAACAUUUCAUGUCUUGUAUACUGCAAUUUAAUUAACCACUUUAGUCAUCAAAAUUUAAAUUUUUUUAACUCGGCACACUUCACUCCAUUGCUAACUUCAAUUUAUAUUCUAAUGCUACUCUAGCGCCAUUCUGGAGGGAUUUGGAACUAUUAUUUACAGCUGCACACCUUUGCUCUGUUCCUCCUUAUGAGAUAGUUCUCUUUACCCUCCUAUACCUAUUUAGAUACAAUAUUAUUAAUCUAAGGUAUACAUUAAGGACCGCACUCUUUCUAUGAUCUAAAGAUUUUUUUUUAAAUAAAUAAUUUCGAAUUUCAGACUAAUGAGUAGCAGCUGUAAUACAGGUUUGUUACAAAUUUUAUAAUAAAAAAAUAAAAUAAA